AUGCUGGCCCUGCUCUUCCUGUUGGCCCUUCUCUUGCCUCCUGAAGCUGGAGCUGAGGAGAUUAUUGGUGGUGUGGAGUCAAAGCCACACUCCCGCCCUUACAUGGCUUAUCUGGAGAUCAUCACUGAGAGAGGCUUUACUGCCAGCUGUGGGGGAUUCCUCAUAACCCCAGAAUUUGUGAUGACGGCUGCACACUGCAAAGGAAAAGAAAUUACUGUCACUCUUGGAGCUCAUGAUGUGAGCAAGACAGAAUCCACACAGCAGAAGAUAAAAGUCAAAAAACAAAUCGCUCACCCAAAUUACAGCUUCUAUUCCAACCUGAAUGACAUCAUGUUGCUGAAGCUUCAAAGGAAAGCUAUGAUGACUCCUGCUGUGGACACAGUUCCCCUGCCUAGUCCGUCCGACUUUAUUAAACCUGGAAAAAUGUGCCGGGCAGCUGGCUGGGGAAGAACUGGAGUGACAGAGCCAGCAUCAGAUAAACUGAGGGAGGUGAAGCUGAGAAUCAUGGAUAAAGAGGCCUGUAAAUACUAUCCGAACUACAAGUAUGACUUCCAGGUCUGUGUGGGCAGCCCCAGGAAGAUAAGAUCAGCAUACAAGGGAGACUCCGGGGGACCUCUACUGUGUGCUGGGGUGGCCCAUGGUAUUGUAUCUUAUGGACGUGGUGACGCAAAGCCCCCUGCAGUCUUCACCCGAAUCUCCCCAUAUGUGCCCUGGAUUAAUACAGUCAUAAGGGCAAAUAGCUGA